AGACUCUACCAUUCCUACAUUCUCCAUGGCCAGCUGGUUUCAGUCUAGGACGAUAGAUAAUCACCUGGAGGCUCAUACACCUCAGCCCGACUAUGAGCUGGAUCAGGAGUGGCAGUGGCCUUUCUGGAAAUUUGGCUAUGAUGAUCCCAACGUUCUGUUUACCACCCUGCAUGCUGAGUUCAACUCCGUGAAGUGCGCGAUCCAAGAUCCUCACGGCUGGCACCAUGACGUCUGUGAUAUUGCGAAUAUCGCAAAGGACAAGAAUGAAUUCCUAACUCUGCUCAAGACGCGACAGAACGAGAGGUUUGAAGAGAUCCAGGUCGCCUGGGAAAAGACCAAAGCACUGUUGAGCGGUGAGCUGUCACAUUGGAACGCGGCGCCGGACGAGACUCUUUUAUGGGCUCUUUUCUUACGUCUAGCUCGAAACUUUUCCUACGAUUCUCUCGUCGGUUACUUCGGCUCGUAUGUCACGAAUGACCAGCCCAUGAAUCCUCCUCCACUGUCAAGACUCGCCGAAAACCGUCCAGCCAAACAGCAACAGCCCAAAAAAUGGCCCGGGAGAAAUACAGCAAAGUCAUCCCGCAUCACGAAGCGCUCACAAGCAGCCUCAUUAUCGAUAUGUGAACAACACAAGGGCCGGGGUGGUUUACGGAGAAGUUCCCGUUUGCGACAACAACAACAACAACAACAAAAACGUGAAUACUCGAAGGAGUAGCGCACAAAAUCCACAACUGGAAGCACUUCUCGGUAUUAAUCUGGGCGCCAAGGGUGGUUGUCUCGAAAGUGAUAAACAAGAACUAGCGCUAUCACGUCGAUAGCGCCGUAAUGUUCCAUAUGGCACAGAUGGGCGGCCUUGCAAUUGCUUUAGUGGCUGCGGGCUUCAAUAUGGAAAAAAGUGGAGGACCAUCUAUUCAUAGACGCGAGUAGGGAUAACGUGUACUCGGAUAAUCACUUGUGUGAGCCGCUUGCCAGAGUAUCUUCGAUAGUGUUGCAAUCCCGAGGUUCUAUCUCCCGCGAUUGAUGCCGCGGUCAUGGCCAUUCGGCGAGAGUUUUAUGUAUAGCUGGCUGGUGGUGCUGCCUGUUUCGUUUGCAGAAUAACUCAUUUGAGCUACAGCCUCAUAUUCCAUCAGGACUUGCGGACGUGAGAUUCGCUUUUCGGGAAUCAAUUUGCAAGGUUUUCUUUUGUUGGGUGGCGGGGACUGACUUUGACUAUCGCUGUACAUAAUAUAACUACACAUUAUCCCUAGCUUAGUAUGCAGUACGAAGACAAUUUGUCGGCCAACAGCCAGUAAAAUAUCUUCACGAGAUUCGACUUGUAACUAUGUUUUGG